UUGGAAAGCCACAUCCAGCUUAUUUCAGCUGACAGCCGUUUGACCGCUUUUGUUACACAUGGAGGCCUCGGCAGCAUCACUGAACUUGCAUAUCAAGGAAAGCCGGCAGUAAUUAUCCCUCUCUUUGCGGAACAGCCGAGAAAUGCUCGAAUGCUUGCUAAGCACGGAACAGGAAUUGUACUAUCAAAGCAUGAUCUGAGUUCACCUGAAAAGUUGAAAAAUGCUCUCCAUGAAAUAAUAAAUGAUGCCAGCUAUGCUGAGAAUGCUAGGCGCUUGUCUCAAAUGCUCAUUAAUCAGCCAAUCAACCCUAAGCUGCUCUUACUUCGGCAUUGCGAAUUUGCGGCCAGAUUUGGACGCUUGCCCAAUUUGGAUCCAUAUGGACGGAAGCUCUCCUUCGUACAGUAUUUUCUCAUUGAUGUGUUAUUUGCUGUUGUGAUUAUUGCACUGAUUGUUGUGUAUUUAAUUGUAAAGAUCUUUGGAAAAUGCAUUUCUAUCGCGAAAUUAAAGAAGGAAUAGGU